CCAGAUGGCUGAUCCUUUUCUCUACAAUACUGGAGAAAGAUCUGGAUAUGGGUGCCUUGGACAUGAAGUGCAAAUUGAGCAUAUCAAGGCAUACGUUUGCAGACCAUCUUAUUUCACAGAUAAAGCUGUGAUUGUGAUUCAUGAUAUAUUUGGAUGGAUGUUCCCAGACAUUAGAUAUAUAGUUGAUUUAAUUGCAGGUCAUGGAUACAUAACCAUCUGCCCAGACUUCUUCAGGGGGAAGGACCCCUGGAAAACUACCAAUCACUGGCAUGACUUUGCUGACUGGAUGAAAGAACGUGACCCUGUGAAAGUAGACAGGGAAGCUGAUGUUGUCUUGAAGUAUCUAAAGGAACAAUGCGAUGCAAAGAAGAUUGGUAUCGUUGGGUUUUCCUGGGGUGGAAUGGCAGUACAUCACUUGAUGCUGAAAAAUCCUCAAUUAUCCGCUGGGGUGUCCCUCUAUGGAAUAAUAAGGGACUCUGAAGAAAGAUACAAUUUACUAAAUCCCACGUUUUUUAUAUUUGGUGAGAAAGACCAUACUAUUUCUUAUGACCAGAUAACCUUAUUGGAUGAGAAGUUGAAACAGUACUGUAAAGUUCUGUAUAAAAUUAAAGUUUAUCCUGGUCAGGUUCAUGGGUUUGCACAACUGAAGCCAGAAGAUAUGAAACCUGUUGAUAAACCUUAUAUUGAAGAAGCUAGAAAGGAUAUGGUUGAUUGGAUCAAGACAUUUAUUUGACAAAAACAUAAAGGAACACCGGGCUUCAAAAUCAGAGUUCAAUUAAUUUUAGAGAAGAAAACAGUCAAGAGGAAGAUGGAUAGAAACAAGGAACAGAAACAGUUUAACUUACACUAAUUUAUUUUUUGCAAGGUUUACUGAAGAUUGUGAACUCAAAAUUGGAUUGAAGGACCAUUAAGCAUUAAAGCACUGUUUGAAUUUAUCUUGAUUUGUAUUUGUUCAUUAUUCUACAUUGUGACAACAACAGUAAUGAAACUGUUUUGCCACUCAUGUGUCCUAAAGAGUAUGACUUUUCAUUCUGACAUUACCUGAGUAUUUUCAGGUUUUAUUUUGGUAUGAGAAUUCUUAGUUGCAGUUAUUAGCAUAGAACUACCCUAAAUUUGCAUGAAGAAUAUUUUUAUUACCUACAAUGCAUUUGUCUCAGAUAUACUGCUGUAGUGAUCAAAAUUCCCAUUCAUGAAGUGAACAGUUGGCUGUGUUAAGGACUUAGGAGGGAAUGAUGCUGUUUGGCAACUUCCAGGUAUUCCAUUAGCACUGUUAAAAAAAAGUACUUCCAGUAUUGCUUCAUUGACAUCAAGGAAAAACAUAGACAGCCCCUCCUGACUGUGAAAGUAAGUCAGGCAUGAACAUUGUGGAAACAGUGAGUUCACUGUGCUGCUCCAAGAUAUGAUGAUCAGGCACAGGGCUGACCAACAGGUAAGCCAGGUAAACAAACAAUCAAAAAAUAUAAACAAUAAUAAACAUUCCUGUUAACUUUUACUGCACUAGUUCCAGUUUUGCUGACCAGAUGACCUUUUUUUUGAGUAUUUUGAAUUUAAUUGCCUUGGCGAUAACUGGGUAGUUUGUGCUUAUUCAGAGAUCCUCAGUCUUCAUCUCUUCUUAUUUUAUUUUCUAAAACAUCUGCCAGUUUCUCACAUGAUUACCUUAACAAGGUCCAUAAAUCAAAGCCACCAUAGGCAUGGAUAUUACUUUCCCUCUGAUAGCAAGAAGAUUUGGCAGUUUCACAGAUUGCUGUGCUCUCGACCUAACUAUAUUGUGUGCCAUUUGUCUGCAUACCUCAACAAGAUGAAUGUGUUAGACAAUAUUGCUGCAAGGUGUGAAGUCAGAGAUGCUAUAAGUGGCAUGAAGCUCAGCUCUUGGGCUGAGGUGCCCAAAGUAUGCUUGCCUUUCUGUCUGCUGUCAGCGUGUCCAUCUUGCCUUUUGGGCAGCUGUAUCAGUGGAGGUAUUGCCAAAGAGAUGAUAAGCAAAGAUGGGAAGCAAUGGAGAACAUUCACUAGCUGUAGGAGAGAAGGAAACAUUGGUAAAGUCCACUAAGAUAAUCCAGUCUAGCCAUUAGCCACCGUGCCUACUAACCCAUAUCCCUCAGUGCCACAUCUACACAUUUUUUGAACACAUCCACGGAUGGUGA